AUGUCGCUCUCGCUCGCGGGCUCGUCUCUCCGGGCCUCGCGUCACGUUGCAGCCACCACUGUCCGCCCCGCCGCACUGUCCGCCUCGCGAAUGCACCGCCAGACCCGCUCAGUCACCACGCCCCCAAACUACGAAGGUCACAUCCCUCUCAACUGGCUCCAGACGGGGAUUCUGACCGUCGGUUCCGCUGUCAUGUCCCUUGCGGAUCCCUAUCGUCACGACAUGGUCGCGGCACUGGGCGACCUCACGUCCGGGCCCGUGCUCCCGCGCCUGCGCGACCACAUGCUCGCGAGCGCGGAGGGCCGCGCGAUCCUCAAGCAGCGGCCGCGCAUAAACACAACGACCGUGGACCUGAACAAGCUCGCACAAAUGCCGGAGGGCUCGUUCGGCCGGGCGUACAUCCAGUGGUUGGAGCGCUGCGCGGUCACGCCUGACACGCGAGAACCGGUGCACUACGUCGACGACCCCGAGCUCGCGUACGUCAUGCAGCGCUAUCGCGAGUCGCACGACUUCUACCACUGCCUUCUGAACAUGCCCGUCCACGUCGAGGGCGAGCUCGCCGUCAAAGCCUUCGAGCUCGCGAACCUCGGGCUGCCCAUGGCCGGGCUCGCUGCCGUCUUCGGGCCUCUGCGGCUCACGCAGGCGAAGCGCGAGCGGCUGUUCCGCGACUACGUCCCGUGGGCGCUGCAGUGCGGCGCGGCGGCACAAAGCAUGAUCACUGUGUACUGGGAGCGCCGGUGGGAGAUGCAGCUCGAGGACAUGAAGCGGGAGUUCGGCAUCUGGGACCCCCCAGUACCGAUGUGGUGGCGGAAGGCGCGUCCCAGGGCGCCCGCAGCGGAGGAGCAGUCGCAUCCUGCGUCGUCGUAG